GACGUUUGGCGCAGCGGUCGAUACCACAGGAAAACUGUUCAAACGCUGUGAAAAAAAUACGAACAAGGCAAGAAGAAGGCGAAAACCUCAAAAAUUCAGAUAGCAAAACGUUAAUUUCGAACUAAGUGUACUUGAGGUUGUCAAUGAACUUUUUCCCCGGUCGAAAACUUUAAGAGUGAAUAGUGAAAAGUGAUUCCGCAAGGACCUAGUCAAGUGCUGUGGUACUUUGGCAUAGAACCUGAAAGUGUCCCGCGGUGGCGGAGUUUUGCAUUUGCCGUCGCUAAUUGUGCAGCUGACAGGCGGCAAUCAGGAAGGAAAAACUUUUGGUCCUGCCGCCGGUAACGCUUCUUCCGCUUCGCACUUCAUCCAAAUCCGUGACCGAAUCCCGGGAAAUUGUACGCCUGCCAGGCCUCAAGCUGGGCGAUUACCGCAAAAUGACACGUGUCAGGCGCAUUGUGCGCUUGGCCUAAAAGUAUGCUGCAUCAUUAGUGUCUCAACAACGGGCACAACUACACCAACGCCAGCAACUACAACUACAACUACACCAACGAGACAAAGGAUGAACCCUACUGGCUGCAGCUGGGAAAACUGAGAAUGCACGCUCAUUAGGCGGGGCAGACGCGUCGAGCGGGAAAAGCGAACAGCAAAAGCGCAUUGCGAGUUCCUAAGUCAAGCGUCGAAAAAUAAAACGCCCCUACCAUAAUUAGCAACAACAAACAAGUAGUACAGGGCAACGGGGCGUGGUCGACGCAAGGCGGAAGGACAGCUGGCAAAAGUCAAGGACGAGCUGCCGGAUAAUUCGCGAAGGCAUGACCAUGGGCAGUAACUCCAGUUAUCUCGAGCCCCACCAGACGCCCAAGGCGGACGCAGCGAGCUGAUUUUCACAACUAGACAAAUUGCCAGAGCUCGCAAUUUAUCGCCCGGUGCAGCUGAUAGUUUCGAUUAGCAGUCUGAAAAGCAUAAAGCCAGCGGACCACAGAGACAACAGCCGGCGGCUUCUUUAAUUUGUCAACCAAACACCAGCCACCCACCCACCGCGCCCAUCGGACUUCCGCUAAAUCCAUCGCCGUAAGCCCACAAACAUCGCGUCAUGCCGGAGCAGGAUAAUUACGAUGAUGAGUUGGUCUCCAGCAAUCCCAACCAAAGGAACUGGCGCGGAAUCCUCAUCGCGCUGCUGGUCAUCAUCAUUGUCCUGGCCCUGAUUGUUACAUCGGUGGUGCUGCUCACGCCCCCCGAUGAGGGACCGCGGGUCAAAGGGCAGCGCAUCAAGCUGCAGGACAUCGUCGAUGGCCUCUUCGUGCCGCAGCACUCCAACGGCAGCUGGAUCGAUGGCGAGGAGUUCCUGUACCAGGACCAUUUGGGUCGCAUCUGUCUGCUGAAUGCAGCCAAUCGCUCGGAACGUGUCCUCAUGUCCAAUGUAACAUUUAAAACCCUGUCGCCCUUCACCUUCACCAUAUCGGCGGACAAGCGCUAUCUGCUCCUGGCCCAGAAUGUUGUGAAACUGUUCCGGCACUCGUACUUGGCCCAAUACACGCUCUACGACAUUCAGACCAGCGAGAGCAUCAAGCUGCGCCACAGUCCGCACCAGGAUGAAUGGCCCUACCUGCACUACGCACGAUUUACGCCAGCUGGAAACGCACUGGUCUGGGUCCAGAGCUACGAUAUCUAUUACCGGGAGGAGGUCCGCAGUGCGUCCGUGCAUCGGAUUACUCACGAUGCGGUGCCCGGAGUGGUGUACAACGGCAUUCCCGAUUGGCUGUACGAAGAGGAGAUCCUUCAUGCAAAUAAUGCGAUUUGGAUGUCCGACAAUGGCCAACUGAUGCUGUACGCCACCUUCAACGACACGCACGUCCAGGAGCAGCACUUCGCCUGGUACGGCACGACGGGUCCGUCCGGCGGAGGAGCAGCAGCUGCAGCGGCAGUCGGCGCUGGAGGAGCUGGAACCGGGAGCGCUGGAGCGGGCGGCAGUAAUCCGCAUGCCAGCCUAUAUCCGGAAAUCAGGUCCUUACGCUACCCCAAGCCGGGCACUCAGAAUCCCACGGUCACCCUACGAGUGGCUGACCUAAAGGAUCCGCUGAAAGUUCACGUCACCGACCUGCAUCCUCCUCAGAUUAUUGCUAAUGAAGAUCACUACUUCAGCAGCGCCAGUUGGGUGAGUCACUCGAAGAUCGCGGUGGUGUGGCUCAAUCGACCGCAGAACAUCUCGGUGGUCAGUGUGUGCAAGGCUCCGUCGUUCCAGUGCAUCGAGACCCACCGGGUGAGUGGAGAUGGACGUGGAUGGGUGGACACUGUCGCAGUGCCGCUGUUUGCCGCCAAUGCCAGCAUCUACGUGGCCAUAUCCCCGCUGCGAGAUGGACUGUUUGGCUAUUUCCGGCACAUUGUGCACGUGGACAUCGACAAGAACCGGGUGCUGCCCCUCACCCAUGGGCCGUACGAAGUGAAUCGAUUGCUGCACUGGGAUCAGCUGGAUAAUUGGAUUUACUUCCUGGGAACUCCGGAGCGUCUUCCGUCGCAGCAGCAUCUGUAUCGCGUAUCCUCCCUGCCGGCCCGCCAAGGUCAGGCCUUGCGCUCUCCCGACUGCCUGACGUGUCCGGCGGUGUCGCAGUGGUCCGACGGCUACGACGAAGGUCACACCAAGUCGCCGCCCAAGUUGGUGACCGCCUGGGAUGAUGACUGGGAGGAUUCCGAGGAAGCGGAGGCUCAACCGCCGCAGCCAGCUCUGCCGGUGGAGCAACAGCCUCCGGGGCGGGGUCAAAAUGCUCCCCUCCCACCGCCUCCCAGUGAUUGCCUGUACCACGAGGCGAAGUUUCCAAUCUCGCGGCAGGCGAAGUACGUACUAAUCGAUUGCCUGGGACCAGUGGUACCCACCUCCAUACUUUACGGCUUGAAAUCCGCCGCUGCGGACAGUGCCAAGACGAAACGACACAGCACCCAGCACGAAGAAGCACCCACGGAGGGUGGUGAUGAGAAAGCAGGCGAGGAGCCGAAGUCUCAGUUCCUGGAACUCCUGGUCAUCGUGCAGAACAACACGCGGUUGAAGGAGAAGAUGGCCAAGACGGCCAUGCCGCAAAUCAAGACCUUCCCAGUGAUGAUCUCCGGCGGUUAUCAUGCCCAGGUCCGACUAUACCUGCCGCCCGUGCUGCGCGAGGACGAGAUAACACGGUAUCCCACCAUUCUGCAUGUUUACUCCGGACCCGGCAGUCAGCUGGUCACCGAUCACUGGCACGUCGAUUGGAACACCUAUCUGUCCGGAAGCAAGGACUACAUUGUCGUUGAGAUCGACGGACGGGGAUCUGCCGGACAGGGCUACCAGCUGCUCCACGAGGUCUACAAGCGUCUGGGCAGUGUGGAGGUAUCCGAUCAACUGGAGGUUAGCGAGUACCUCAGGGAUAACCUGCACUUCAUCGACUCACGCAGAAUGGGUGUCUGGGGCUGGAGUUACGGAGGAUACACAGCUGCAUUGGCCUUAGCCGGACAGCAGUCCAUUUUCCAGUGCGGCAUCAGUGUGUCACCGGUUACCAACUGGAAGUUAUAUGAUUCCACGUAUGCGGAACGCUAUCUGAGUUUCCCCAACGUGACGGACAACUACAAGGGCUACGAGGAGAGUGACCUGUCCAAGUAUGUGGACAACCUGCGGGAUCGCCAGUUCCUCCUGGUCCACGGAACCGCCGACGACAAUGUCCAUGUGCAGCAAUCCAUGGUCCUGGCCCGUUCUCUGACCAGCAAGGGAGUGCUCUAUAAGCAGCAGAUAUAUCCGGAUGAGGGCCACAGCCUUUCGGGGGUUAAGCGUCACUUGUACCGCUCGAUGACCGCCUUCUUUGAGGACUGUUUCAAGAAACUGAUCGAUCAGCAACAACAAAAUCAAACAGAUUCCAUGGAUUUCCUGGACUUUCAUAGUUUCUAUGGCCGCUAAGUUUGAUUCAAUAUCCCUAUCCUUCAGAUACUAGGUGCCGCCGGAGUCGAAAGCUGGUCUGGGCAAUGGCGGCGAUAUGCAACAGCAAUAAACUUAAGUUAUGGCAGCAGGAAAUUCUGAUAAAAAAAGUAUGAUGGAACACAACAAACUUCAACCGGAACGUGCGAACGAAAUGUUUUUCUGUAAAUUGCAUUCAAUGUGAUUUAUCAUGAACACACCCACGACACUCACAAACACAGCAAGCGGCUAAAUGGCAACUCAAAUAGCCAAACGGCGGCAGCGACGGCAAGAAAAAAAGCAACAACUAAGUUAAAUGGCAUUUUGUGUAAAAUUAAUAAGAAAAGCAGCAGCAGCAGCAUCGAAAUGCGAAAUGCCAAGUAAGUGUGCCCAAAAAGGAGCAUAAACAAACAAAUGUAUAUGUAUGAGGACAAAGCGGACAAAAUCAACAUGGUUGUGAAAACAUAACUCACACACACAAGCGGACCCCGACUCACACAGACACGACACACACUCACACACACAAGCACGCAGAGAGAGCGCGCACAAAGGUAGGCAAUACAAAUUUACACAUGCGGCUUUUCUCCUGUGACAGGUGUGACAUUUCAAUGCCCUCACAAAAGGACCCUUCAUUACGGCAAACACUCUGCCGAAUUUUAUCUUUAUUAUUUGAUUUUUUUGAAUUUUUUGUCAUUUUGUUUCUUAGUAACAUGAUUUGCAAGCCAUAUAUCACAAAAUAUUUUCACUUCAGUUGCAAAACAUAAUUUAGAACUGGUAUUUCGACAGUCGGCUUGUCAAGGCAACACUUUCGGUUUGAAUUACUUUUUCAUUUCGUUGUAAUGUAUGCAUAUUUGGCAUAAAUUCCCAAUGAAGAGCAAACAGAAAUAAAAUUGAAAAACAAAUUUAUUGAAAACGCUACACGUGAGCCAGCUGAGCUUCGUGCCGCUCGGCUUGAACGGAAAUGGCCAGCAUAAAUCAAAUCUGACAACAUUCUAAAUGACAUUUUCUGAUAGUCGAACGGUUUUAUCGUUUGCCAAGGGAAAGUUUUCCAAAAUGUGUAAUAGCUCACUAGGCGGGGGGUGGGGCGAAAAGUGACCCAUAAAUUGCGACUGAAUUUAUGGACUUGGCUCAUAAUUGAGUCUGGAUUUGCAAACCGUUGACAGAACGCACGAUUGAAGUGAGAAGUUUGUGUACUAAGCUCAUUCCGAGCUUGAAUGCGAACUCAAUUUGAAUAACAUUAGUCUCUCUGUUUGCAUAGACUGAAUUACGUUUUUAAUUUGAUUUUGGUUACUCAUAAAUUUGAUCAUCAAAUUUACUGCCCAAACAGAAAGGAAAUAAAACUGAAUAAUGUCCGUGUGAUGGGGGGAAGCCUCAGUUGGAAAGUAUAAUUAAAUCAAACGAAAUAAAAACGCAGCCAUAAACAAAGCAUAAAUAUUUGAAUUGAGAUAAAUGAAACAAACCAGCGACUCAAAAAAUUGCAAAAAAGUGCAAUUCAGUUUCCAGAAAGCAAAAAACUAAAAUUACCGAAUGGCCAAAGUAAAUUUAUUACACAAAUGGAGGAUUCAAUGGGAAAACGAACAAAUUAUGAAUCAAACAAACCAAUUAAAUAGAAUAACUGCAUCCUUACCGUAAACUAAAUGGGAAAUUCUAAGAACGAACAUAGUAACUCAAUAACUCCUAGAGAGCUCAGAUGGCCAAUGGGCAGAGAUGGAAAUCUAUCCUUACCAACGAAAUCGAAUACAAGUUGUUAGUUAUGUUGUUUGAUGUAAAUAAGCUUUAAGGUGGCUAGCUCAAUUCAAUUACUUUGUUUACUCCUUUCGUUAAAGAGUGUUUGGAAAUUAAUUACUUAAGCCGAAUUACUUACUUAAGCGAAAACAAAACCUUUGUGAUCCAACAAGUUUCUUCUCUUCCAUGAAGCAAAACCAAACUAACCAAUAUAAUAAUAUGAAUUUAAAAUUAAUAUGUAAUUACAUUGACUUAAUUAGCUGAGACGUUCAAUAAUUUCGCCUGGCAUUUAGUAAUGGAAAUCGUGAAAAGCGGAAAUACCUAAAAUAUAUAUGAAAGCAUGAAGCCAAAAAGCAAACUGGAAA